AUGGUCUCCAACAAGUUUCUCACGGCCCUUGCCGUCGGUCUCCCAGCCAUUCAGGCUGCUGUCCCAGAGAUUGCUGGCUUCACCCUCACCUGGUCUGACGACUUCGUCGGAACCGCCAACUCCCUGCCGAACACUGCCAACUGGAUCAUCGACAACGGCACUAGCUACCCCGGAGGCCCCGCCAACUGGGGCACGGGUGAGAUCCAGACCUACACCAGCAACGUCAACAACCUCAAGCUUGACGGAAACGGCGCUCUUGCGAUCACCGCCAUCAAGAAUACAGCCGGUGCCUGGACAUCGGCUCGUAUCGAGACCCAGCGCGCGAACUUCGUGGCCGCUGCUGGCGGCAAGAUGAGAAUCCAAGCCAGUCUGAACUUGCCCGUUGUCGGCACCAAUGGCAUUGGAUACUGGCCAGCCUUUUGGACCCUGGGCGCCGCUUACCGCGGCAACUACCAAAAUUGGCCCUCCAUCGGCGAGUUCGACAUCCUCGAGAACGUGAACGGCAUCAACAAAGUCUGGGGUGUCAUGCAUUGCGGCACCAGCCCCGGCGGUCCCUGCAAGGAGAAGGAUGGUCUUGGUGGAAACCGGGAGUGCCCCGGCACCACAUGCCAGGGUAACUUCCACAAGUACACCCUCGAAGUCGACCGCAGUGCUACGCCUGAGGCUGUUAGGUGGUUCGUUGACGACACUCUGUUCUGGCAAGUCACUCAGGAUGACCUUCCCGCCGACGUCUGGACGCAAGCUGUUCACGAGCCGCAUUUCAUUCUUAUGAACCUUGCCAUCGGCGGCGAGUUCCCCAACAACAACUACGGCAGCACCACUCCUCUGGCCACCACUGUCUCUGGCGCCAGCUUCCAAGCCGAGUAUAUCGCGAUCUUUUCGUUGCCAGCCGCGGCCGUUGGACUCUCGCUCUUGUCGACAGUCCCCACCAUCGACCCCGCUAUCCCCCUCGCCAAUCAAAGCUCCGAAUCUUCCGAAAACUCCGCGACUGUAAUUCCGGGAGCUUUUGUCGUGGAAUGGGAAACUGAUAUGGCGGAUGCACCCGGCUUCUAUCAGAGUCUUGGGCUGGAGGUUGAGCAUCGACUGGAUCUCAAAUACCAGCUGUUCAAAGGCGCAUCUUUCCGCAUCGUCAACGGAUCAAAUGAUGUAUCCAAUGACAUCUCUGUGCUAAUUGCAGCACGCCCCGAAGUGAAAUCAAUUUGGCCUGUUAGAAUGGUCACGAUACCAACAGCGAAGCCACUUUAUGUUGGGAAAACCAGAACGACUACCUCAGGGCAGUUUGUUGGAGUAGACAAGCGGCAAACCGAGGAGCCCGAUACAUACACGCCACACGUCAUGACGCAGGUUGACAAGCUGAGAGCUGAAGGAUACACUGGCAAGGGGAUUCGUAUCGGAAUCGUUGAUAGCGGUGUCGAUUACACGCAUCCAGCUCUUGGGGGGUGUUUCGGAGAAGGAUGCCUCGUCAGCUACGGAUGGGACCUCACCGGCGACAACUACUUUCCUCCGAAUAGCCCUGAACCAGAUGCGGAUCCGUAUGACGGUUGCAUUGGCCACGGAACUCAUGUGGCUGGUAUCAUUGCAGCUCAAGCCAAUGAGUUGGGCUUCACUGGAGCAGCUCCAGAUGUCACAAUUGGAGCUUACCGGGCUUGGGGUUGUAACAGUUUGACAACAAAUGAUAUCCUGCUCGAUGCUUUUAAUGCUGCUUUCGAAGACGGGAGCGACAUCAUAUCCUGCUCGGCGGGGCAGUACACCGGGUGGGCGAACGAUCCUUGGGCCAUAGCUGCAUCGCGAAUCGCAGCAAAAGGCGUGUCCGUGAUUGUGGCCCCGGGCAACUCUGGAAGAUCUGGCAUGUUUCUGUCGGCAUCACCAGCGACCGGCUUCAAAGUAACAGCUGCUGGGUCUGUUGAUAAUAUUAUCACGCCUCUCUUGCUCACUGCUUGUUCUUAUACGGUGAAUAACGCAACAGGAAUCUCAGAGCCGUUUGGUUUCAUCAGCGGUGGGCCGGAGUUCGCGGAAAACAUCACCUUGCCGCUUUGGUCUGUGAGCAACAAAUCUGACUCUGCGAACGAUGCUUGCAGUCCUUUGCCGGAUAGCACACCUGAUCUCUCGUCAAGGAUUGUCCUUCUUCGGGUGGCGGACACCUCGGAAUGUUACUCAUCUACACAAGCCACCAACGUCGCUGCCAAAGGAGGCAAGUAUCUAUUGUUUUAUAGUCAAAGCAACUUCUCUAUUGCAACAAUCUACGCCUAUUCAGAUGGCAUCAUCGGCGUUGGGACCGUCACUCCAGCUCAGGGAGCCACUUGGAUAAACCUAUUGAACCAAGGUUCGGACAUCAAAAUUCACCUCGUCGACCCCGCUGCAGCAGACAUCCGGUAUGAGGCUGUUACCAAUGACGUAUCUGGUGAUCUCACCAGUCUGACCACAGCUUGGGGGCCUACAUGGGAGAUUGUAUCCAAACCUCAGUUCACUGCUCCAGGUGGAAAUAUCCUCUCAACUUGGCCCAUGGUAAUGGGAGAAUAUUCCGUGCUUUCCGGAACUUCCAUGUCAACACCUUUGAUUGCUGCAGUAUUUGCACUUGUCGGUCAAGCGAGAGGGACAACAGAUCCUGUCGAAUUGCGGAACGUCAUCUCAUCGACCUCCAGGGCCCGGCCUUGGUUUGACGGAGCGACUGUCCACGGCAUACUAGCGCCUGUGCCCCAGCAAGGCUCUGGCGUAGUCCAAGCAUACGAUGCCGCUCAUGCAAAAACGAUCCCAAGUGUCAGCGAGAUUUCAUUCAACGACACAGAAAAUUUGGUCGCACAGCAUACUUUCAGCAUCCGGAACACAGGCGGGGACGCAGUGAUUUACAAACUUGGACACACCAAGGCUGCUACAGCCUACACCUUCGCCUCGGGCUCAAGAUCUGCCUCUCAGUUUCCGAAUCCAACCGUCGACGACUGGGCUGAGCUCUCUUUUUCAACAGAGACAAUAAGUAUAUCGGCAGGCUCGUCGGCAGAAGUCACUGUCAAAGUGGUCCCGCCGCGGAAUGUGAAUGCGACGCAAUUGCCCGUAUAUAGCGGCCUGAUUACGAUCGAAGCCGAUAACGGAGAGACGCACAGCAUCCCAUAUAUCGGUGUUGCCGGCAGCAUGAAAGAAACCCCGACGUUCCUCGAGGGCCCUGAGCAUGGAACAUUUCUCGGCUACUUCAACAAUCCCACCGCUCCCAACACCACGUUCACAAUACCCCGCCCUGGCACGACGCCGCCGGGAAGUGUGGAAUAUCCGAGCAUCCAGGCCAGUUUGCACUUUGGAACGCAGAUGGCUCGAGCCGAUGUGGUGGCUAUAUCGGAGACGGGCCUUCCCACAACGGCAUUCUUCGACAUCGAUAGCAUUGGGUUCCUUUCGGGCUUUCCAGAACCUUGGGUCGUGAGGAGAAACUACCGGCUCGGGUUUACAGGAGAGCUCGCGGAUGGGACGGUUGUGCCUGAGGGAACCUAUAAAAUCGUUUUCAGUGGCCUCCGGGUUUUUGGCGACCGCGGAAAGCGUGAAGACUGGGAUUUUGCGGAAACAGUGCCUUUCGUCAUUCAAUAUAUCGAUUAG